AUGGCUCGUUCGCGCUCCCUGGUCAAGCUCGGUGCCGCUGUCGCACUGCUCGCAGUCGGCAUUUCUGCAGCGCCUCGCCAUCAGAGGCGCGCGGGCUCCGGCAUCACCAGCGAUCCUAAUGCGGCGAGCGGCAAGACGUACGACUACAUCGUCGUUGGCGGUGGCUUGACGGGGACGACCGUGGCCGCCCGGCUUGCGGAGGACCCUUCGUUGUCGAUCCUCAUGAUCGAAGCUGGUGGUGACGACAGGACGAACCCCGAGGUUUUCGACAUCUACCAGUACAGUGCCGCGUUCAAUGGCCCUCUCGACUGGGCAUGGCCUGCUGAUGAGGGCAAGACAAUUCACGGUGGAAAGACGCUUGGAGGUAGCAGCUCGAUCAACGGCGGCCAUUGGACACGCGGGCUGGACGCCCAAUACGAUGCCUUCUCUGCGUUGCUCGAGCCUGAGGACGCCAACGUUGGUUGGAACUGGGAAGGCCUCUUCUCAUACAUGAAGAAGGCCGAGUCGUUCUCCGCGCCCAACGACCAACAACGCGCCAAGGGUGCAGCGUCGAAUGCGUCAUUCCACGGCACGACUGGGCCUGUCCAGGUCACGUACCCCGACGCGAUGUACGGCGGCCCCCAGAUGAAGGCGUUCGUCGCUGCCACCGUUGGCCUCACCCACAUGACGGAACUCCCAGACCUGAACGGCGGGAAGUCCAACUGCGUCUCGAUCACCCCCUUGAGCUUGAACUGGCACGAAGACGAUCACCGGUCUUCCUCGAUCGAAGCAUACUACACCCCUGUGGAGACGCAGCGUCAGGGAUGGACGCUCCUUAUCGAACACAUGGCUACCAAGGUUCUCUUCAGCGGCGACAGCGCGCCUUUCACUGCCACCGGCGUGGAGUUCGCCGCCGCCGAUGGCAGCGGGAGCCGCUUCCAGGCGUUCGCGCGGAAGGAGGUUAUUCUCGCCGCUGGCGCUAUCCAGACGCCUGCCUUGCUGCAGCUCUCGGGCAUUGGCGACUCCGACGUUCUCGGCCCACUUGGUAUCAACACACUUGUCGACCUCAAGACGGUGGGCAAGAACCUUCAGGAGCAGACGAUGAAUUCGCUCGGCGCGAAGGGCAACGGCUUCAACACCGGCGGCAGGGGCCCCACGGACGCCAUUGCGUACCCGAACAUCCACCAGCUCUUCGGGAACGACUCGGCCGCGGCGGCACAGAGGAUCCAGACUAACAUUGCCGGCUGGGCGCAGUCCCAGGCUGACUCGGCCCUCUCCGCGGACGCGCUGCACACGAUCUAUGGCAUUCAGGCUGACCUUAUCAUCAACAAGAACGCACCCGUCGCGGAACUGUUCUUCGACAGCGGCUUCCCUGCUGACCUCGGAAUCGACAUGUGGCAGCUCCUGCCCUUCAGCAGAGGCAGCGUGGCGAUCAAGUCGAACGACCCCUUCACGAAGCCCGAAAUCAAGGUCAACUACUUCAGCGUCGACUUCGAUCUCUCCGUGCAGAUUGCCGGCGCCCGCCUCUCCCGCAAGAUUCUCGCUACGACUCCUCUCAGUGACCUGACGGCUGCCGGAGAGACCAUCCCCGGCUUCCAGACCGUCCCCGACGACGGCAACGGCGGCUCUGACGCGGACUGGAGAAAAUGGAUCGUCCAGUCUGGCAACAACGGCUUCUCCUCUGUCGCGCACCCCGUCGGCACUGCCGCGAUGAUGAAGCGGAGCCUCGGCGGUGUGGUCGACGCGCAGCUGAAGGUGUACGACACGGCGAACCUGCGGGUCGUCGAUGCCUCUGUGCUCCCCAUCCAGAUCAGCGCACACCUCUCGAGCACGCUGUACGGCGUCGCCGAGAAGGCGGCGGACCUCAUCAAGGCCGCACAAUGAGGCUGUCUCGCUAUGGACGCUUUCCCUUGCUGCAGUGAUGCGGUUCACGCUCGUUUGGAUGGACUCACGAUCCGGCUGGACUUUCGAUGAUAUAUUGACGUUGCAUUCCUUUGCUCUGACUUAAUGAUGGACAUUACUUAUUUAUGUACCGCUACUAGCCUCAUCACAAUGCC